AACGUCCAAAAUUAAACCCAUUGAACCAAAGCGACUCUCCAGUCCGAUUGAUCAUGGACCGCAAAGAAGCCAUCUCUUGAAAUAUCACUCGAGGAUCCAAACUCAUUUUGCUUUAUUUCUUCUUAAUUCCCUUAAAAACCCUAGGGCCUAGACACAAAACCAGUAGAGAGAGAGAGAGAGAGAAUGGGGAAGAGAGACCAACAAGAAGAGCUCCUGAAAACCCUAGGAGACUUCACAAGCAAGGAGAACUGGGACAAGUUCUUCACCAUCCGAGGCAGUGAUGACUCCUUCGAGUGGUACGCCGAUUGGCCACAGCUCCGAGCCCCACUCUUCUCCCACCUCUGCCCCAACUCCAACACUCAAACGCCACCUCCCGACGCCGCCGGAUCAUCAGCUUCCGUGCAGAUUCUUGUCCCCGGUUGCGGCAAUUCGAAGCUCUCCGAAUACCUCUACGACGCCGGCUUUAGAUGCAUUACCAAUAUUGAUUUUUCCAAAGUUGCAAUCUCUGAUAUGUUGCGUCGGAACGUGCGUUCACGUCCCGAUAUGCGGUGGCGCGUCAUGGACAUGACCUGUAUGCAGUUUGAUGAUGGGACCUUUGAUAUUGUCCUUGACAAAGGAGGGUUGGAUGCUUUGAUGGAGCCUGAACUUGGAUCUAAGCUAGGGAAUCAAUAUUUGUCAGAGGUGAAAAGAGUUUUAAAAUCCGGGGGGAAAUUUAUUUGUCUCACCUUGGCAGAAACUCAUGUUUUAGGUUUGCUUUUCCCCAAGUUUAGGUAUGGGUGGAAGAUGAGUCUUCACGCUAUACCUCAGAAACCAUCUAAUAAACCUAACCUACACACCUUUAUGGUGAUUGCGGAGAAAGGGAAGUCUACUCUGUUGGACCAGAUAUCAUCAACAAUUAAUCACUCUUCUCUUGAUUGUUAUGGGAAUCAGGUUGAUGGGCUCUAUGAAGCACUUGAAAGUGAAAAUCGAAUUCGCAUGGAAUACUCAAAUGGUUGUGAUAUAUUGUACUCACUCGAAGAUCUGCAACUAGGAGCCAAAGGGGAUCUGGCAGAGCUUACCCCAGGUCGGCGGGUCCAGCUUACUUUGGGUCAACAAGGGGUGUCCCGUUUCUGUUACAGAACUGUACUUCUUGAUGCUCAACAGCAAUCUGGCCCUUUCUCAUAUCACUGUGGAGUUUUCCUUGUGCCAAGGGCUCGGGCUAAUGAGUGGCUAUACUCUUCAGAGGAAGGACAAUGGCUGGUUGUUGAAAGCUCAAAAGCAGCUCGCCUAAUAAUGGUUUUAUUAGACUCCAGUCACGCUACCACCAGCAUGGACGACAUUCAGACAGAUCUUUCUCCUCUGGUUAAACAAUUGGCACCAGGAAGAGAUGACAGUGGAGCUCAAAUUCCGUUUAUGGCGGCAAGUGAUGGGAUCAAGCAACGGAAAGUUGUAUGCCAGGUUACAUCCCCCUUGACUGGACCAAUCAUUGUUGAUGAUGUGGUAUAUGAAAAAGUUGAUGAUGAUUUCAUUCGUCUCUUGCCAUCCAAAGAUAUGAUAUUCCGUCGCCUUACUUUUCAAAGAGCAGAGGGUUUGGUGCAAUCUGAAGCUUUGUUAACAAAAGAAGGAUCUCAGAGAGUUCUUGGUGAAACAGAGCAGAAGAAAACCCGCUCAUCUUCGAAGUCUAAGAAAAGAGGGAACCAGAGAAGAAAUGAUUCUCAACAGUCUUUAAUUGAAGACUCAAGUGACUUUCUGAAAGUUGAUCACAAUUAUUUGGCUAGUUCUUACCAUACGGGAAUCAUCUCGGGGUUUAUGCUGAUUUCUUCAUAUCUGGAAAGUGCAUCAUCAACUGGAAGGAUGGUAAGGAAGGUUAAAGCAGUUGUAAUUGGUCUUGGAGCUGGCCUACUGCCUAUGUUCCUCCACGCGUGCCUUCCUAUUCUGUCCAUUGAGGUGGUGGAGUUAGAUCCUGUGGUUUUUGAUCUUGCAAAAGACUACUUCAGUUUUAGAGAAGAUAAACAUUUGAAGGUAUGUAUCACUGAUGGGAUCCAGUUUGUUAGAAGGGUUGCAAAUUCUGAGGCUGCUGAUGGGAAUGUGGAUGCUCCCUGCAAGACAGACCCUUCUUCUUCUUCUUCUUCUUCAAAUGGAAGCUGCACUACAUCUGAUGCAGAAGGCAAUGGGACUAAUAGAGUUGACAUACUUAUUAUUGAUGUGGACUCUUCAGAUUCCAGCUCCGGACUGACUUGCCCUGCCGCGGAUUUUGUGGAAGAGUAUUUUCUAUCUGCUGUUAAGAAUUCCCUUUCUGAGCAUGGGCUUUUUAUUAUUAAUUUGGUCUCAAGGUCCCCGGCCAUUAGAGAUGAGGUUGUUUCGAGGAUAAAAAUGGUUUUCAACAACCUUUUUCACCUUCAGCUUGAGGAAGAUGUCAAUGAAGUUCUUUUUGCUCUUAAUACAAAGGCUUGUAUUACGGAAGAUUGCUUUCAGGAAGCAUCUUGUCGACUAGAGAAACUGUUAAAAUCCAAACACCCAGAGACAACCCAAAGCAUCAUCAAUGUUUCAAAGAAGAUCAAGUGUCUGAAGUGACCAACACAGCUUUAUGUAUGUUGGGAGCGAAUUGUUCUCAAAUACUUGCCAAAGAUAACGGAGCACAAGACUGCUAUGGCUACAAAUGCUGAGAGCAUAAUGCAUGCACAGCCUUGGCCAGUUUGAUCGGAUCACUACUUCCCAGGUGAUGCAUUAAUUGGAAUCUGCAAUAGAUCUGUCAAGUUAUUUGAAGUUAUUAAUGCUUGUAUUUAUGUAACAGUAAGUGAAAUGCCCGUUUCAAUUUCAGUUCAAUCGUGCAAGAUAAGUAUCUGAAAAUUGAAUGAUUAAUUAGGAUUGUGUCAUCAUAUCAAGCUUGAUUGGUUGAAUGUUGAGUAUAUGCGAUUGUUUCGGCAUUCUGGUUUUACUGAUACCAAACUUUGUAAAUGGUAUAUGCUCUCGUAGAAUUGAACUUGUUACCUGCUGCUUUCUGCCAAUGUUGAUGAUUGAUUGUGUUUCCUUCCCUCUACCCAUGACACCUCUAAUCUGGAGGAAGGCUGGAUUUGACAUAUUUUACUGAUUAUUUUGGAAUGUUAUUUUAAA